GCACAAUCACGCCGGCGGCCAACACCUGCUACCACCUGCAGUUCGAUGCGAGCGCGUGGCAGACCCUAUUCAAGGUUGACACCAGUGCAGUAUCCGGAGUGGCCUUCUUUGCGGAGCAUGUGCCAACAGAGUUCGAAGCAACAGCACACUACUUGAAGGACGGCGUGGGCACGGACAUCGAGCCUCUUGGCGAAUUGCCGGAAAAGGCGCCAGUGGAAGUUACCACAGACGCAGGGGCCUUUCUGGCAGCCUUCCUGGUGAACUUGGUGACCUUCAUCGGGGUGAUCCUGAUGUUUGGCCCGCUGAAAAGGCUGGUCCAGAAGCCUGUGUUCAGUGCAAUGCUCUUCGCGUUCGCUGCUGGUGCUUUGCUUGCCUGUGCCUUCUUCCUGCUGCUCUUUGAGUCGACGCAUCUCAUUGGAGUGGGUUGGAAGACAGAGGUGGACAUUGUUUGGCGAUGGGGUGCAAUGAUCCUUGCCGGCAUGGUGGUGCCUCCGGUGGUAGAGACAGUCAUCAGCCUGAUCAUGAUGGCCCGUGGUCAGGGGGAGUCCACCUCUAGUGACCCUGUGAGGACUAUGCCGGAGGAUCCUGAGAAGGAGCCUGCAGAGCUGCAAGGCAUGGACGACGCACAGAAAUUCAGGGCCAAGGCUCGACUGUUGGGAGCUGUGAUCAUCGGGGACUUCUUCCACAAUCUCUGCGACGGCUUCUUCAUUGGGGCAGCCUUCCAAGGUUGCGGGAAUGCCUUUGGCUGGAGUGUGGCUGCUGGCACCAUCCUGCAUGAGCUUCCUCAGGAGAUCGCGGACUUCGUCAUUUUGACUGGCCCGGUGGCCAAAUUGUCCACUCCAAAGGCCUUGGCCUUCAACUUCCUCAGCGGCCUCAGCGUCUUGAUGGGGGCACUCAUCAUCGCUGCCACACCGGUUGACGAUUCCCUCGUUGGCCUUAUCUUGGCUUUCGGUGGUGGAGUUUACCUGCACGUCGGUGCUACUGACUGCCUGCCGAAGAUGUACGACCCCAAGCUCACCUUCGGAGAGCGCCUUCUCGCCUUCCUGUCCUUUGGCAUCGGGGCAGUUUGUAUUGGCUUGAUUCUGAUUGGCCACGAGCACUGUGUUCCCGCAGGAGGGGACGGUCAUGAUCAUGGCUCAGGUCACGAUGGACACGCCCACUAA